CUAAAAUGGCCAAGAAAACAUACGACUUGCUGUUCAAAUUACUGCUAAUCGGCGAUUCCGGUGUAGGGAAGACAUGCAUACUGUUCAGAUUCUCAGAUAACCACUUUACAACAACAUUUAUAUCUACUAUCGGCAUUGAUUUCAAAAUCAAAACAGUGGAGCUGCGAGGCAAGAAGAUCAAGCUGCAAAUCUGGGACACAGCAGGGCAAGAGCGCUUCCACACCAUCACCACAUCUUACUACCGAGGCGCGAUGGGCAUCAUGCUCGUGUAUGACAUAACAAAUGAAAAAACAUUUGAUGACAUUGUCAAGUGGCUAAGAAAUAUAGAUGAGCAUGCCAAUGAGGAUGUGGAGAAGAUGAUCCUGGGCAACAAGUGUGACAUGGAAGAGAAGAGAGUUGUCAGUAAGGAGAGAGGAGAAGCGAUAGCGCGCGAGCACGGCAUCCGGUUCAUGGAGACAUCGGCCAAGGCCAACAUCAACAUCGACCGCGCCUUCAACGAGCUGGCCGAGGCCAUCCUGGACAAGACGGCGGGCCGCGAGGCCGACGCCGACCACUCGCGCAUCGCCGUGGAGCGCCGCCCGUCGCGCGCGCCGCCCACCCGCGCCUGCUGCUCCACGUAGACCGCCCCCGCCCCCGCCCCCGCCGCCUGCAGGUCCACACAGCAAACGAGCUUAUUCCUGGACGAUGGCCCGUUCUGGGUCUAUAACCGGCUUAACGCUGCCGUUUGUCGCUUCGUCACCAUCUCUCUUGUUUCGCGGUCAGGGAAGCUGUCGUCAAUGAACAUGUUAGAUACUUGUAAUUUGGUGUAAGUAGUAUGGUAUGUUUGCGGGGUGUACGGGACCGUUUUCUGGGUAUUUCAAUGUUACGGUUGGGCAAGUUAUACCGAGUGUCAAAGCCAAGAGCGCGUCGCUAAUGACGACUGUAGACGCGCAUCGAAGUGUCUAUUUUGUAUUAGCUUGGCAAAACUACCCUUAGUGAAUACACAAAUUGACAUCAGCAGUUAUUUGUUUCGUUGAUGGCGAGAAUCUCUUGUCUGUUUAAACUAGUGACAAAGGUCCAAUCACUGACGAGUCCUUUUUUCACGUACAAACCCCAUCAAACUCGGGUAAAAAGCUAUUGCCAAUUAAAGGCAUCUCUGUAGGUAUAUGUACAUAGCUAGUAUAAUACUUGGCUGUGGAGGAAUGUACAAACAAUGAGACAACUUUAAACUCGACUCUCGUUGGCUUUCAAAUCUCGACUUUUAUGUAAAACUGAGAGUUGGACCCCACUAGUUCGCACGCGUCUGCAUCGUUCCCGUACUAAACGUAUUUAUAAUGCUCCGCAGCAUUGGCAGCACACGUUGCUGUGGUCGUACGGCUCAGCGCCGUCGAUCGAUGCUAUUAGGUACGCAAGCGAUCACAUACACCGUAGCGAGUUAGCGUUGCUAAAACAGUAACGCUAUGGCGUUACGCGCCACAGUAUAAAUAUAACAGUAGUCAAAAGAUGAGCAGAGCAUUAAAUUUUAUGACAUUCUACCACAAAAAAAUGGUUUCAAUGAAGAAUCCGUGCAUUUUAAAAAUAUAAUAAAAUAGCUGUCAGGGCUGAGGCCAAAUAGUUUAUUAAAUGCCUUUAUUAAUAUUUGUAGUAGUAUAUACUAUACCAACACUUAAGUUUAACAGUAUUUUUUCUUGUAAAAUUAAUUAAAGUUAUUAUUUGUUUAUCUCGCUGUUAUCGUCUUGCGAAAGUACUUUAAAAUAUUAUUAUUCCCAAGGGGUAUGGAGACCUGGCGUCCUGAAAUACAGGGCUUGAGUUUAGUUUAGGUAUCAGUCUCCACACAAUAUCUGUAGAAUAGUUCAUAUAGCACUUUUUGUAUUGUGAUGAGAAAUCAAUAAAUUUGUUAUUGUUAUUAUUAUUAUUUAUUAUAUGCGUAUUAAUUUUGCUAACGGCCAUUGAAAGUAUGUAUGGAGUAACUAUACCUACUGUUUGUUUGUUAUACUGUGGCUAUGUUGUGGUAUACCGUAUGACAAAGACUUUGACUGGUACGACGCUACGAAUAGGUGCUACGAAGCGCGCCCAAGUGGGGCCCAACCCUAAAGCUGUGUCCCUAUUAUAUUAAAUAUAUAUUCGAAUCGUCUAGUCGCAUAAUAAUUGGGGUGCAAAACGUUUGUAAUAAAAAAGGCACAGCCCACACGACCUCAUAGUCUAAGGAUUACGCUAAAAUAGGAUAAGAAAUAUCUCAAACUUAAAUUAAUCCUGAUUAAAUUCUUGGUGUCAAUUUUGUUGGAACUUGUGUACUGUUUGUUGCGUAAAGAUGUAAGGCGCGGUUGCAGCUCCGUUCAAAAAGUUGUUUAUUCAUUUGUGAUUUUUAUAUCGACGAAACAUUUUGUUAAUAGAAUAGACUAACGGAGCAACAACUGGAAUGUAUACGUGGCUAUUAAAUUUAUUUCCAUUUGUAAUUAUAAUACUGCACAGGCACCACGAAAAAUGUAUUUUUUUUUCUGUAACAAGAAAAUGAAAAUGAUUUAGCAAAAAAGCAAUGUGGACCCCCGUGUAGAUAGUAUUUUUUCUCGCUUUCGACGCCUCGGAUACAAAUUGAUUUGUUGCAAUCGUAACCCAACAGUAAAUUAAUUAAUUUAUCGAGUCAUAACUUUUCUGUUCGUAGUUAUGUUGCACAUUAUUUACGAACAUAGCCUUAUUUUGUCACCUAAACAUCGCAUGGAGAUAUAUUUUGUAGUAAGGAUCAUAAAAUGCUUUGGAGAUUAAAUAAUUUUAGCUUAAGU